AUGUCCAUCUCUGGCAUCGCCUCGACUAUCACUCUGCCACGCGAAAGUUCGGGUAUACAAAAUCGGUGGAAUCUGGAACUUGCGGUCUUCGCAAUCGCGGAGACCUGCGUGACGGAACCAGGACAGCGACUACCCGACUUAAUUACCAUACGUCUACUGUCAGGAGAGCUCACGGCACUCGAUUUUCUAAAAUCUCAAGUUUCUUCAUCCCUGGACCGAAGUUCAAUUAUGAGUAGAUUGAAUAGUGUUUGCGGGAGGACAGUGACAUCUACAUAUUCGCUUUGUACGACAUGCUGCCAUACCUUGGUUCGAUUUGAGGUGUUUGCGAGCUUUCCCUACCGUUCAAUAUCCAAUAUUCAAUACCCCCGAUUCCGAUUGUCACACAGUUCAAUCCACCAAUCAGAUAUCUUAAUUCAACGCAUCUUCAAACUUCAAUCCAGGGUGGUCAGGAUUCUAGGUGCCGAACGAGCAAGCGCGAUUGAAUCCGGAUAA